AUGAUACGGCACUGGAGGAAUUGGGCACUACUAGCGCUAGUGUAUGCUGAAGAGAUUGUUCUACAGCCGUCAGCUCUGACGUCUAUUUCUGUGGGCACAUCAAUUUCCACAUCGUCAACAUCAUUUUCGACUUCUGCGAUUUCCAGCGUCGUGAGCACCUACUUCAAUUCGCAGUCCACCCUUGUCAUUCCAGACAUCGACAUUGAGGAAGAUGGAGUGGGCAAUUUCUCUGACGAUUGCCAUUUUCUCUCAUUUGAAGAGUGGAAGAAGCAGAAACAACUUGAAGCCGAAGAGCGUUCGAAUUCGUCCAGACACGAGUCCCCAUCUACAUCGUUAAGUACCAGUGUUGGACACGCUCUAGAGACUUACAAAUACGAGUCCGCGUCGCUGGACAAUGUGGAGGUCGAUUUGCUCGAGGACCAGGGCAAAACGUAUAAGGAUAAGUUUAACUAUGCCUCGGGUGACUGUGCAGCAACGGUGGUGAAGACAAAUAGUGAUGCAAAGGGGGCCUCAGCGAUCUUGAGCGAAGUGAAGGACUCGUACCUUUUGAAUAAGUGUGCCACUCCAAACAAGUUUGUGGUAAUUGAGCUCUGUCAGGACAUCCUUGUGAGCUCAGUGGUGAUGGCCAACUUCGAGCUCUUCAGCUCUAUGUUUCGCAAAGUUCGCUUCUCUGUCUCAGACGUAUUUCCUUCAACUAAUUGGCACGUCUUGGGGGAGGUGGAGGCUCACAAUAUUAGAGACACUCAGGUAUUUGAUAUAGAGAACCCACUUAUCUGGGCUCGCUACCUCAAAAUUGAGAUCUUGAGCCAUUAUGGCGAUGAGUUCUACUGCCCAAUUUCUGUUGUGAGGGUUCAUGGCACUACAAUGAUGGAGGAAGUCAAGAAGGAUAGCCCUGAGGUGCUGAAGCCGGUUCUUCAGCCAGAAGCUACUUCUGUGAAUGUGCUCUUUGAGUAUGCUGACGAUGACGAGGGCUGCAAAGCCCUUUCGCCAUACUUGGCUCUACACGAAUUCUUACGGGAUAUAAAUAACUCCAGUGACUAUUGCGACAUCCAGGCAAAUACGUCAUCUAUACCAAUAGAGUCGACCUCUACGACCAAAACAACACAAGAGUCCAUAUUCAAGAACAUAGUGAAGCGCCUCUCGCUCCUCGAAUCGAACGCUACGUUAUCGCUACUAUACAUUGAGGAGCAAAGCAAGCUACUUUCAGACGCCUUCGCCAAUCUCGAGAAACGUCACGCUCUUAAACUCAAUAAGUUAUUGCAGAGAUUCAACCAUACGGUCAUCGCACAGGUGCAUCAUCUCCAGAACGCCUUCGAGACAAAUCAUCACCAAUCCAAUGCUCUUCUUGAGAAGCAAGAGCAGGCUCUACGAAACGUGUUGGGUGAUUUGACACGCAAAAAUCAAGCGUUGGCCUCCGAUCUAAGCUUUCAGCGAAAGGUAGUUAUUGUCGAUACUUUGCUCAUUUUCGUUUUACUAUCUUACGUCAUCAUCGCCCGGGAAUUUAUCCUUGAGGAACAGGUUAAUACGAAAAAAAGGCCACGGGUAAAGAAAAGGAAGACUUACCCGGUAACCCCAAGAAAACCUCGUUUCCAUUCCAGAAUGGCCUAA